AGCUGCUUUCAUGUCUGGAUGUUAUAGGAGUUUAAAGAUUCAGUAGGAAGGAGACAUUCCUCACACCAUCCCUAGAGCACAGAAGAGUGUGAGUUCUGCUGCCAAGGAUCAGUGCGCAGAACACAGCGUAACCCUUGGACUUACAUUUUGGACUUCAUCAAGUUAAAAAAAAAGGAAACCAUAAAAGCAAAACCCAUUUGAUUACUAAAAGAGGAUUUUCUACAGAGAAAAAAGCUGUCUAGUCCUAGGUGGGGGAUUUGGAACCACUAGGAGUUGUGGAUCAGCCUCUCCAGCUGUGUGCAACUGCCCAGGAUCCAGGAAGUGCAUCCCAACCCUACAGCUAUGGCUUUGGGGGGCAUCUUGCCAGCCAUCUGCCUGCUUCUUGUUUCUAAGGUGUCUGCAGACGUCUGUGAGAGUGGUCAGUUCACAAAAGAUGGCGAAUGCUGCUCCUUGUGCCCACCAGGGUUUGGAGUGGUCGCUCCAUGUGGAGAAUCUGAUACAAUGUGUGAACGCUGCAGAGAGAAUUCCACAUUCUCUGAGGUUAGCAGCUCUACCGAGGAAUGCCAGCCGUGCUCUUCCUGCCAGGGUCCCAUGCAGUCUAUGGAGGCUGCCUGUACCCAAAAGUAUGACGCUGUCUGCCACUGCCCUGAUGGUUAUUUCCUUCAGAAUGGCAGCUGCACUCCAUGCCAAGUGUGCUCCAAGGGGUAUGGUGUGAAGACUCCCUGCACUCGAACUGAGAACACAUUGUGCCAACUUUGUCCAAGUGGCUACUAUUCAGAAGUGAAAAGUAGUGAAUCCCCUUGCUUAGCCUGCAGGACAGAGUGCUCAGAGACCGAGGUACAGAUCGGAGAAUGCACCCCGCUACAUGACAUCCUAUGCAUGAAUAAAGAUGUUCCCAUUCUCAAGCGAAUUGACUCAGAUACUCGUAGGGAUGACAACACCACCUCUUCAUCUAGCACCCCUGAAUUUAUACCCCCAGGAGACCACAACCGGAACAUCAUCCCAGUGUACUGCUCCAUUCUUGCGGCAGUGGUGGUUGGGCUUAUCGCAUACGUGGCUUUCAAAUGUUACAGAUCCUGCAAGCAGAAGAAGCAGCUAGCUAAGGCCAGAGCUGGGGAGAUUGCCACCUCUGGUGAAGGUGAAAAGCUUCAUAGCGACAGCGGCGUUUUCCUGGACACUCACAGCCUGCAAGAGCAGAACCAACUAAAAGUAGUGAAGACGGAACCAACUCUCUACAUCAACCUGCCACCUCACAAGCAGGAAGAGGUGGAACGCUUGCUGAUGGAUUCUAGCCGCGGAAAGGACUGGCAACGCUUGGCCAGCUUGCUGGGGUAUGAGGAAGACACCAUUGACACAUUUGGCAGAGGAGAGGACCCUGUACACACCCUUCUGUCUGACUGGUCCUCCAAAGAUAGUUCCACACUAGAGGUUCUUUGUGCCGCAUUGGUCAACAUGGAGCGAGCAGAUGUGGUGGAGAAUUUGAACAGCACAAAUGAUGCCAGUUCUGUUGUGUAACAGCAAUUACCUCCCUGAGUGGGCAGAACUCUAGACCUCUUACGUUUUACAGACGUCACUCUUUGUUUUUAUAAAGAAAAUAAACAUAAAUAUCUUGGGAACCAGAAAACUAUAUUUUGGGUGGAUAUGUCUCCAUCAUGACUUUCCCAAGGAAGAGAUGCUGGCGUCUCUGGAAUGUGCAUUGGUUUCAAAAGCCUGCAACACGCCAGUUCUCUCCAGCUUAGUUUUAAUGAUGGGAUCUAUCUCAGGAUGACUAACUCUUCUUGAAUCCUCCUGUUUGUGUGGUGUUUAAAGAAUGUUUACCACCAUCUGCAUUUUGUGUACUUGGAUAUCACUCUGGGACUCUAAAAAAAUGUGCUGUUUAUGACUUGUAGCUGGGUUCAGGUAUUUGAAAGGGAAAGUUCCACUAUGAGCGCAAACAAUAUACCAGUGUAUAUAUGGCUCCUUUUGUGAGGUCUUUUUUUGUAAUUAAAAUGGCAGCUACCCCGGCCCUUUAUAGAGCUACUUCCUGUUGGCAUAACAAUUAUCCAGCACAGAAUAAUACAUAUGUAGUAGCAAUGUAAUAAAUGAUGUCAUGCGGCAGUAAAGGCUAUGACCAUGGGUUGGAUGCAUUACAAGAUGUUAUUGGCAUAAUGAUAUUGCAUUUAGUUUUGCCCAGGUUUCACCCGGGUUACAUGACUGUUGGAAGAGCAUCAUCUCAAGCAGUUUGAAUUUAGUUUUCAUAGAGGAAUUCCCAAAAAGAUUUUACUUUAGUGGACAUGACAAUCAACGCCUUUUAUGGACUGCACUACUUUGUCUCAUGCAUCAUCAAAUUUGACAUUUCAUUGCCAUACAGAGAAAGGGCACAGCCUUGGUUCUUAUAACACCAUUUCUGGUACUAAGUGGCAAAAAAAACUUUCCCUUUUCUGAAUUUUUAUAAAAGUUUGUAUGAUUUAUUGCUACACACACCCUGUAUACCUUUUUUUUUUUAUUGUAAACUAAGGAUUAUAGACACAUUUUUGUAUUUUAUAUAUUUUAAAAAUGUUUACAGUUUUUCCAACAUCAAAUCGAACCCAUGUCUACUAGGAGUUUACUACAUAUCUUUACAAAGGAAGAGACUUUGGAUAUCAUUUCAGUAGUUAAUAUUUGUGUUUUUUUAAUAUGUUAAUAUAAAUUCUUUUUGAAUUUGA